AUGCCGCCACUUACACUUGAACAAGUACUGGCGCGGUCCAUGCGGCUUCCACGAAAGCAUACAAAGAAUAUGACGGCUCUUGGAUCAAGCCACGCAACGUUAGGAUCAUCAACUUUGUCUCCAUCCUCAAACACUGAAGUAAAACGUGAUACCGGAGCUGCCAAGUUAUUUAGUCUCAUCGAGAAGGAAGAAGAGGCCAUUGCUGCGCAGAGACCAAAAAUACAUGUAUCACAUAACCUUAUUCGUAACAGUCAAGACUUACUUACUUAUUUACACACCGCCAAGCGAAUGCGUGCCUGGGAAGAUGCUUUGCGUUCGUUUAAUGAAGCUACCAAGAUGUUAUUAAUUAGGCAGAGUGAUGAUAAUAGUGGUGUUGUCCUCACUCUUCGUAAACAAGGUGAAGAAUCUAAAGAAGCUUCAGGCAUCACCGCUAAUAUUGCUCACCUAUCUGUACUUCUUGACGUCUGUGCAUCAGCAAAACAAUGGGAUCUUGUUGAACAGCUCGGAGAAGUUUUUCGCAAACAAUCACCCCAAAUAUUGAUUAAUGCUGUUUCUUUACUAGCCAGAACAAAGGAAGCGGAUGUCAAAGAGGGUUUAUACGGGUGGAAACGUGCCCUCCACUUUUUACAAACGCGAAUUCCUCCUGAAGAACAACCUGUUGAGGGGUAUAAUGCCUGUAUGAGCGCAUGUGAAAACUCCCUUGAUUGGGAAGGGGCUCUUGCAGUUAUACGGUCUAUGGGACCAAAUAAUCUGCAGCAGCUGGAUUCCAAAAUCACUUCUUUAGUGGAAGAGAAUAAGGUGAAAAGUUUAGAUGGAACGGUUAAUGUAGAAACAGAAAAAACGGCACCACCAAGUGCUGAGGCAAGAGAAGAUAUGGGUGACAUGUCUGUGUUGAACCCGCCUAAGCCCGAUGUAGUAACAUAUGCGACUCUUAUAUCCGUUCUGGAACAAUGUGGAAAAAAUGCUUUAGCUAGUGAGGUCCUGCAGCGACUGCCACCGCUAGAGAAGGAAGAAAUCACAGCAACAUAUGCUGCGUUGAUUCAUGUAUGGUCUGAGCAACAGUACCGAAAUCAUCGUCGACGUUUCUAG